AUGGGGACCGAUUCCGAGACCACGCCGCUGGUUAACGCCAACAUUGACCUGCAAUCCUACUACUCCUCGCUGGAGUCCCGCAUUGGGUAUCGCCUGCUACUUGGAGGCACCCGCCAUUUUGGAUACUGGAAACAUGAUACAUACUGGCCAUUCCCGCUAUCGAAGCCCCUGAGGGCAAUGGAAGACAAGCUGGCUGAGCUACUGGCUCUGCCCCGCGGCGCCGAGGUUCUUGAUGCGGGCUGCGGCGUGGGCCAUGUCGCAUUGCACAUGGCAAAAGCGCAUGGCUUGCGCAUCUCAGGUAUCGAUGUCGUUGAUCACCACAUCGCCAAGGCCAAGUGCAACAUUGGUCGUUCAGGGCUGCCUGAAGGCACUGUCACAGUCCGGAAAAUGGACUAUCACCACUUGGAGAAACUGCCGGAUGAGUCGCUUGACGGGGUUUAUACGAUGGAAACAUUUGUCCAUGCCACGGACCCAAAAGCUGUGCUCGCCGGGUUCUACCGUAUCCUUCGGCCAGGCGGCCGGCUGGCCCAAUUCGAGUACGACCACGAUCUGAUGGCCGACUCCCCAGAGGACAUGGCAGUCUCGAUGCGCAAGAUCAACCAGUAUGCCGCCAUGCCAACAAAUGAUAUAUCACACCCCGGUGUGUUCAAGAAGAUGGCCGAGGAUGCGGGGUUCGAGAAUGUCGUCGUCCACGAUCUCACACCGAACGUCAAGCCCAUUACACGGUUGUUCUUUGUGCUGGCCAUCAUCCCGUACUUGAUCGUUCGGCUGCUUGGACUCGAGAGGCACUUCAUCAACACGAUCGCUGCGGUAGAGACAUAUCGAGGGCUCGGGAGGUGGCGGUAUAUUGCGAUAUCUGCCAGCAAGCCAGGCGGUCCGCUGGAAGUGUCGAAGACGCGGUAG